AUGGAAAGCAUCAGUGCAUCUGGACACCCUCCAACCUCAACUGAUGAGGAGUAUGGAGUAGAAGCUCAAGGUACUGAGAGAAAUCCUCAGACAAAUCCUAUGCCUUCUCCUCCUGUUGUUCCUACAAAGAAGAGGAAAGAGGUGGAGUCUAAAUAUAUAGUAUGUGAUCAUUUUGAAAAGAUCCGUGCUCCACCUGCUGAAGGUGAAACUGAGGGACCAGUAGUUGAGGGCAAAUGCCUUUAUUGUGCAAAAAUUUAUAAAUGUGAAAGUAAAAAGCAUGGCACUUCCUCAUUGAAAAACCAUAUGAAGGCCUGCCUAAAAAAUCCUCAUUGUAAGGACACAAGGCAAUCUCUUCUCACCUUUAAUGCCUCUGGAACAGAAGCUUCUGAGGGGGUUUUGGGGACUUGGGUUUUCAACCAAGAGGCUAUUAGGAGGGCAUUGUGUGAGAUGAUCAUUGUUGAUGAACUUCCCUUUAGGAUUUGGAAGCUUAACAAAAAGAUCAUUUCCUUUGUCCCAAUUUCUUCUCAUAAGGGAGAGUACAUAGCCAAAGCCCUUGAGAGUUGUCUUAUUGAUUGGGGGAUUAAAAAUGUCUUCACUGUUACUAUUGAUAAUGCCUCUUCAAAUGACACAGCUUUGGGGUUUUUCAAGAACAAACUUCUGUCAUGGGGUGGGUCUUCUGUUAGGGUUCAAUAUAUGCACAUCAGGUGCAUAGCCCAUGUGUUGAACUUAGUGGUUCAGGAUGGGUUGAGAUAUGCAGGUCCUUCUGUUAAGAAAGUUAGAGAUGUUGUGAGAUGGGUGAGGAGUUCUCCUGCCAGACUUAAGAAGUUUAGAGAGAUUGCUGUGCUUAAUGGGGUGGAAGCCAAAUGUGCAUUACAACUUGAUGUUCCAACAAGAUGGAACAGCACAUACAUGAUUCUCAACACUGCCCUUCAAUACCAGAAGGCCUUUGAAGCUUAUGAGAAUGAUGCCUCAUUGAAUGCUGACUUAUCUGAUUCUAUUCCAAAUUUUAUGGAUUGGCUUUCUGUGCAAAGCUUAGUCAAUUUCCUGAAAGGCUUCUAUGAGAUGACUGUGAGAAUAUCUGGUUCUCUCUAUGUCACUUCAAAUACUUUCUUUUCUGAGAUUUCUGACUUAGGUUGCAUGCUGGAUGACAUGGUUAACUCUGUUUCAACCUCUGAAAAGGAAAUGGGGUCCCAUAUGAAACAAAAAUUUGAAAAAUAUUGGGGAGAUCCUGAAAAAAUGAACAUCUUGAUAUUCUAUGCCAAUAUUUUGGAUCCUAGGGAUAAGAUUGAGUACAUGCCUGCCCAAUUUGCCCAGUUAUAUGGUGAUGAAAAAGGAAAAUCAUGCUUUGAAAAGGUUCAAUCUUCUAUGGUUCUAAUGUUUAAUGAUUAUACAGCCACCUACCAUGUGCAGUCUGCAUCCCCUACUGUGCAAUUGCAAUCUACCCAAUCUGAACCUGUCCAUUCUCAAACUUCAGUUGGAAAACCUCAGGCUAGAAUGAAAAGCCAGCUUAAAAAACAGAGAAUGGAGUCUGGUGGAAGCAGUAAAGAAACUGAACUCCAGAUUUAUCUAAGUGAAAAAUUAGUGGAAGAUGAAGAAAAUGUGGACUUUGAUGUCCUAAGAUGGUGGAAGGUCAAUAGUGAUAGAUUUCCUAUACUCUCUAGAAUGGCAAGAGAUGUGCUGGCUGUUCCCAUUUCAACUGUUGCCUCUGAGAGUGCAUUCAGUACUAGUGGUAGGGUAUUAGAUGCCUUUAGGAGUUCCUUAAAUCCUAAAAUUGUUGAAGCCCUAGUAUGUGCACAAGAUUGGUUGAGGGCACCCAAUCAUCCAAUCUCUGUUGAGGAAAACUUGGAUGAUGUUGAAAGAUUAGAGAAGGAAUUGUCCACUGGAGCUGCUGGUUCUUUACCAGGUAAGAUUCCAGAACUGCUAAUUGCUAAGUGGCUUGGUAACUUUUUUAUAAAUGUUGCUGCACUUACUCAGUUACAUCUCUGGUAUUCUGGAAUUCUGGAAGAUGGAAUGGAUGAAUGCUGA